AUGCCUGCAAACAAGAAACCGAAAUUCUCAGAUCUCAGUUUCAGGAUCUUCGACCCAGCUUCGAAGGGUUUGGUUUCCGGAGGCUCUGCGACUCGCGAAAUCAAGAGAGCAAGACAAACCUACAGAAUUUUAGACGGCGGGUUUCUGCAGUAUGUCCCUACUAAGGUUCCCGAGCCAGGCUCGAGUCACGGUCAUGGUGGACUACCAGAACCGCCAUAUAACUCACUGACACAACAACUCAAAACCUUCAAAUCUCUACCAUCUUCAUCUUUGCCUCCGCCGCCUCCGCCGCCGCCUCCGCCUUCACCUUCACCGCCACCACCUUCACAACCACCGCCACUUUCACAGCCACCACCACUACCUUCACCACCACCUUCACAGCCACCACCACCACCACCUUCACCUCUAUCACCACCACCACCACCUUCGCCUCUAACACCACCACCACCUUCACCUCUACCGCCACCGUCACCACCAUCACCAUCACCACCUCCACCGGAGUCUAGCCCGGAGUUGAAUGACAAACCGUCUCAAGACCUCGCAAGUUCACCCAUCAUCGGCCGUUUGCACGCAAUCCCGAACUGGGAUGCCACAAGCACUUACAGCGCAGAGUCAGAUGACGAACUUGAAUCGUCUUCAAUGGACGUGGAGUGGGCCAACUUGGAGGACAAUCAUUACAAGUUGAAUCCUUUGUGGCCCGAGAAUAUCUCACACUCGCUCCCCCCUGAACUUCAACCGUGUCUGCUGUCACGUCCCGUCCGCCCUCAGUACCCACAAGGCAACCAACCCGAACGGGCUCAAUCGCGUGGGGAUGAUGAGAGAGUUCACUCUAAUCACUCCACAAGCAAGCAGUCUUCCCUUUUUGGUGACGACGAGACAGACCACACCAUUGGCGAAAAGUCUUCCCUUUUUGGGGACUCGGAAGAGACAAACCACACCAUCAACAAAACGUCGACACCUGCAAGUUCGCCGCAGGGCCACAUAGAGCUACCUAAUGUCGGAUUGCAGCCUCCUGCGGCGCAGCAUUAUACUUGGGCUCCCUCUAAUGUCGGGCUACAGCAUCCCGGGGUCCAGCAUGAUGCCCGGAUGUCCUCUAGUGUUGGGUUCCAGCCUCCUGAGGGGCGGCAGUAUGCUUACACUCCCUCUAAUAUCGGGCUACAACAUCCCAAGGUCAAACAUGAUGCUCGGAUGCCCUCUAGCGUCGGGUCCCAGCCUCUCGCUGGGUGGUAUAAACAUUGGACGCCGCCAAGUGUAGGAGCCAGCGGCAUGAUCAUAUUGCUACCUUCGAACCUGACAUAUCCUCAUGCAUUAAACACCACGUUUCCGCCAAGCACUCAAUUCUAUGCAUCCACCAAUGUUUCUGCAGCCUCACCCCCGAGCACGUCAUCAUUCAGACAUCGCGCAUGCAUACUGGGGACGAAGAGGGGUCGAGAAUGA